AAUUGCCACUGGCUAAGCUGAAAAUAUUUUUUUAAAUUUCAUAUGAUUUUGAGUAGAGCUUUUAUUGAGCUUGCUCUGGUGUUUGGGGAUAUAAAAUUCCAAAUAAACCACUAUAAUGGUGGAACUAACUUGCUUGAAUGUUAUAAUGCUCAGGGCCCAAGAGGACCAAAAGGUGAAAUUGAGUUCCCAGGUAUUCAAGGACCUCCAGGACUAAAGGGAGAAAAGGGGGAGCCAGUCGUAUCCAUAGCUGCUGAUGGCUCUCUAAUAACAGGCCUGAGAGGACCCAGAGGACCGAAGGGAAUGAAGGGAGACAUCGACCCUUCUGGACAGCCUGGGAUUGUGGGGCUGAUUGAACCACCUGGACAAAAAGGAGAAUAUGGACUUCCUGGUCGACCGGGCCGGCCUGGAAUAGCUGGAAGGAAAGGGGACAAGGGACAUUCUAGUGGUCCCCCUGGACCUAAAGGGGACUCUGUUGUUGGUCCUCCUGGGGACACUGGUUCCCCAGGCCUUCCAGGACUGCCUGGCUAUGGAAGUCCAGGACCACAAAGGCCACCAGGACCUCCUGGACCACCAGGCACUCCGUCCGCAUAUGGCUCAGCUGCGAAUAUCCCUGGACCUCCAGGUCAUCCAGGGCCAUCUGGAGCUCCUGGCCAUGGAAACCCUGUGAGAACAUAUAAAAACACUCAGACCUUGAUAAGAGAGACCAGUCAGGGUGCAGAAGGGACUCUGGCAUAUGUCAUAGACAAGAGUGAACUUUACAUCAGGGUACGAGGGGGCUGGAAGAAAGUUGAGGCCUCAGAAACUGGUGUGGCACGGCUCGAGUACCACGGGCAUCCAAAUGACAACUAACUACUGUGAAGCCUGGAGAACAGGUGACAUGGCAGUGACCGGACAGGCAUCUCUUCUGCAGACCGGCAGACUGCUGGGGCAGCACACACGUACCUGCUCAAACCACUUCAUUGUGCUUUGCAUUGAGAACAGCUACAUUCAGAGCCCUGGAAGGAACUAGAAAGCUGACCAUUUUUUGAAGUCAAGCAAUGCAGAUGUAGGGAGCAGCAGUAGCUGGCCUGCUGGGGAAAAUAUCCAAUCUACUCUUUAAUUAGGAAGAGAGCUCCUGUGAGAAGUUACAAGCCAGGGAAAAUAGCACUGCAAUCAUGUUUCACUUCUUCUCUGAGCAUGAUGUAAAUAUGUAUAAAUCACCCACUGAUACUGUUCAAUCGACGACCCACCGACUUCUAUUCAACUAUUAGAAUACCAAAGAAUACCUCAGCCAGAUAUCAAGCAAGUGCAGAUCCAUUGUAUGAAUUCACCACAUUACACUGUGCCUUCUCGGAUGAUAUUAACCCCUCCUCAUAAAGACUAAUAUAGAGUUUCUUGUGUGUGUGUGUGUGUGUGUGUGUGUGUGUGUGUAAUGUAUUAACUACAAAUUUGAGACCAUUCUGAUCUUUUUAAUCAGAUUAAAUACCAAUAAUUAGACAUCAGUAAUUGGAUAUACUGUAUCCAAUGAGGGUGUUUUGGAAGUUGUUUAAAUUCACUGUAUUAAUAAUUUCUUGGGUGUUUUUUAAUAGGCCUAGUUUGUUUGUUUUUUCAGACCCAUGAAGCUCCAUUCUGUGAACUUGCUUUAAACUAGUAUUUAAAAGAGGCAAAAUGUCUAAUUUGUAAUGUAAAACACAUCAAACUAAAACAAGUACAUACUUUAAAUGGCAUUAAUUGCAAAAGUUGACAGUGGCCACCACAAUAUUAUAACUCUUCACUGUUUUUAAUCUUUCUAUGACAUAUUUAUAAAGACAAACUAGAAAGUAAGUAACGGUGUUGUUUAUCUUCGUCAAAUUUAAGUAUGAAACAAUAAUAAAGAGAACUCCCGUUCUUUUUUUCAUAUUUGA